GGCGCGGGAGCCGGCGGCGGGGAGCGCGCGCCGAAGAUGGCAGAGAAGCAGAAGCACGACGGGCGGGUCAAGAUCGGCCACUACGUCCUGGGGGACACGCUGGGCGUCGGCACCUUCGGCAAAGUCAAGAUUGGAGAACAUCAAUUGACAGGCCAUAAAGUUGCAGUUAAAAUCUUAAACAGACAGAAAAUUCGAAGUUUAGAUGUUGUUGGAAAAAUAAAACGAGAAAUUCAAAACCUUAAACUCUUUCGUCAUCCUCAUAUUAUCAAACUAUACCAGGUGAUCAGUACUCCUACAGAUUUUUUUAUGGUAAUGGAAUAUGUGUCUGGUGGUGAAUUAUUUGACUACAUCUGUAAACAUGGACGGGUUGAAGAGAUGGAGGCCAGGCGACUUUUUCAGCAGAUUCUUUCCGCUGUGGAUUAUUGCCAUAGGCAUAUGGUUGUUCACAGAGAUCUGAAACCAGAAAAUGUACUAUUGGAUGCACAUAUGAAUGCCAAGAUAGCUGACUUUGGGUUAUCUAAUAUGAUGUCAGAUGGUGAAUUUUUGCGAACUAGUUGUGGAUCUCCAAAUUAUGCAGCACCUGAAGUCAUCUCAGGCAGACUCUAUGCAGGCCCUGAAGUGGAUAUCUGGAGCUGUGGUGUGAUUUUGUAUGCUCUCCUCUGUGGCACUCUCCCAUUUGAUGAUGAACAUGUACCCACGCUAUUUAAGAAGAUCAGAGGGGGUGUUUUUUAUAUUCCAGAAUAUCUCAACCGUUCUGUUGCCACUCUUCUGAUGCAUAUGCUGCAGGUUGACCCUCUGAAACGAGCAACUAUCAAAGAUAUAAGAGAGCAUGAAUGGUUUAAAGAAGAUUUGCCCAGUUACUUAUUUCCUGAAGACCCCUCCUACGACGCUAAUGUCAUUGACGACGAGGCUGUGAAAGAAGUGUGUGAGAAAUUUGAGUGUACAGAAUCAGAAGUAAUGAACAGCUUGUACAGUGGUGACCCUCAAGACCAGCUUGCAGUGGCUUACCAUCUUAUCAUUGACAAUCGGAGAAUAAUGAACCAAGCCAGUGAGUUCUACCUCGCCUCCAGCCCCCCAACUGGUUCUUUUAUGGAUGAUAGUGCCAUGCAUAUACCCCCAGGACUGAAACCACAUCCCGAAAGGAUGCCACCUCUCAUCGCAGACAGCCCUAAAGCGCGAUGCCCCCUGGAUGCUCUGAAUACCACGAAGCCCAAAUCUUUAGCUGUGAAAAAGGCUAAGUGGCAUCUUGGAAUAAGAAGUCAAAGCAAGCCAUAUGACAUUAUGGCUGAAGUUUACCGUGCUAUGAAGCAGCUGGAUUUUGAAUGGAAGGUAGUGAAUGCCUAUCAUCUUCGUGUAAGAAGAAAAAAUCCAGUGACUGGCAAUUAUGUGAAAAUGAGCUUGCAACUUUACUUGGUCGACAACAGAAGCUAUCUUUUGGACUUUAAGAGCAUUGAUGAUGAGGUGAUGGAGCAGAGGUCCGGUUCCUCAACACCCCAGCGUUCCUGUUCCACGGCUGGCCUACACAGACCAAGAUCGAGUUUCGAUUCUGCCACUGCGGAGAGCCACUCACUGUCCGGUUCUCUCACUGGCUCUUUAACGGGAAGCACCGUAUCUUCAGUUCCACCUCGCCUGGGCAGUCACACCAUGGAUUUUUUUGAAAUGUGUGCCAGUUUGAUCACCACUUUGGCCCGCUAAUGAGUUUUCUCUGGUUUCUGUCUUUCUGUUAGCACACUGUGAAAAUCAGAUAUAUUCUUUAAAUGACAAUCUUACAGAUAUCACAGAUUCUGCAGUACUAAGAGACGCGGACGUCUCUAGGGAUGCUCAGUGCCAUUGAAAUGACUGAAAACAAAAAACCAA